AUGGGAUUGUUACGACCAUCUUUCGAGGAACCGACGGCGAGAUUGAUGCCAGGACCUGUGACUUCUGAGGAAGAGGAGGAGUUCUCGUCGUCUGAAAGAAGACGUUACAAAAAUUAUACCGUCAUGCAGAAGGCAGGAUUCCAGCAUACUGAAUAUGCCCAAAUAAUGGUACAUUUGUGCCGAGCGGAAAUUCUCAUCUCCCUCAUAUUCCUGGCUCAUGGAACCACCUGUCCUGGAUAUCCCAAUGAAGCAGAAUACCAAUCCACGUGUCACAUGAAUACAGUAUCCGCCAUUGUGAGUCUUUUGACAGGAGCAAUGGGAUUAGGAGCUGUUCAUAGAUACCGAUGGAGGACGAUGCUCAUUUUGUGGCUUGUCUUCUGUAUCAUGUCAGCUGUUGGAAGUCUUCUUGCUGUUAUUACGACAGGAAUCUGGCUCGACCACUACUCAAAAAUGAAGGUCCGAACGGGUCUUGGUAAUGGAUUAUCCGGUUUCAUGCUCCUCGCAUCAGUUGCUCUUGGAGUAUGCUUCAUCCUGACUGCUGUCAUGAUUUGUCAUUAUUGGAAUUCCAAUACUACUGGUUAUCAACCGGUGCAAAAGAUUGCUAAACGAGCCCGGUCACUGCGUCGUCGUUUAUCCCGAGCGAAGAGUUGUGAUAAGAAAGAAGCGCGGCCGCCGACGAGUAAUCCAGAAGAUAAGGGAUAUCAUAUUGUUUGA